AGUUAUGUCUGCACUUUCCAUUCCCUCCGUAUCGCUCGCUUUCAUUCACUUCUCACACCAACUGUCUGCAGCCAAAGCAAAAACACUUCCCUCGUGACUUGAGCUGAGUGACUGGACCCAAAAUCAUGGCAAAGAUCUUUGGAAAACUGAAAAACCUUGGACCUACAGCUCCACCCAGGAGGACAGAUGACUGUGCAGGGAAUGAGUGGCCACAGAAAGAGUCUGAUGAUGACGAGGGUGACAUGUAUGAGGAACCUCCCUGUGAGCGUCAAACAGUUAACAGAGAGAACAGACAGAGAGAAGAAGAGCUUAAUGUCUAUCUGGAGAGGCCGGCGGCUCCCUCGCCUCCUCAGAGGCCGGCGGCUCUCCCACCCAGACCAGCCAAACCAUCGAAACCUCAACAACAUGGUGAAGAUUUCUUCUUUGAUCCCCAAACCAAGAACGCACCUGAGAUAAACAGAACUGAGAAACCUGGGAGAAAGAACAUGAUGCCUACGCCCCUAGUCCGCUCCGCUCCUGUUCCAAACCCUGCGUCUAACACUGAGGAAGAUGUGUAUCUGGAUCCAAAUGAAGAACAGGAAGACAGCGAUGACGUGUAUGUGGAACCGACAGCUGCUUGCCCUCCCCCUCCCCGUGCGACGAAGAUGAAUCCGUCUCCCAUCACAGGACUCGUGCAAUCCAUGAUGAAGCCUCCGGUUCCCAGAGCUCCGUCUAAUUCCCCCUGGCUUUCCUCGAAUGAGUUAGAAACAGCUUCUACAGUUGAAGUGAGACACAAACCCCUCCUCUCCAAACCCCCCCCACCGACUCCCAGUAUUAAGCCCCCUCUACCGGCGAAACUGAAGCAAGCUAAAAACAGUCCUCCUGUGAAGGACGGUAAGCCCGCUGUCUCCUUAGGUGGAAUGAAGGCAACCAAACAAUGGGUGAACGAGGACAAAGAGUGGUUUGCUGGGAAUUCCAACAGGAAGACUGCCGAGGAUCUUUUACUGAGGGUCAACAAGGACGGCGCAUUUCUGAUACGACAUAGCUCAGCUCAGGGCAGCCGCCAGCCGUACACUCUCGCUGUGCUCUACCAGCAAAAGGUGUACAACAUUCCCAUCCGCUUCCUGGGGGAGACUCGAGGUUACGCUCUUGGAAAAGAGGGCAAGAAGACCGAAGAGAUUUUCGGCUCCCUUGACGAGAUGAUUUCCCACCACAAAAAUAACCAGCUGCUUCUGAUAGACAGCAAGAGCCAGGCCAAGCACACCACGUAUUUAACGUAUCCUGCACGCCCUUCAUUCUAAGAUCUAUUCAGAUGAGAAUAAGGAUAAAAGCAUAGUUUGAAAGUUUUCUGUAGGUCUAUUAAUGUGUUACAAAACUGUAAAUACCACUAACUGCUUUAACAUCAUCAAGAUGUCAUCUUUAUAAAGUAAAAUACAUUAUCCAAACUUCCAAUGCACCUAGAACGGAGGAUAUAUGUUACAAACUGACUUGACGACACCUUGAGGUUCAAGCUCAGAGAUAUUCCUGUUUUGUUAUCAAUUCAUAGAAAGGACUACAAAGUUUUGCUAAAACGUUCACCGGUGAAAAAGGAAAACCUGUUGCCAAGUGAUGAUGUUGCUGUCUUAUCAACAGAAUCUAACUCCCAUUAAAACAUUCAGACUGUACAAUUCUGCUGAUCAUCAAAACAGUUUUCAGCUGAAAUGUCAUGAUCAGUUCCAUUUAGUAAUGUCUGAUGAAGCAUUCAAAUAAAUGUCUGCAUCGUUUUAAUGUUUGUUAUGAGUACAGAUUUGGUGUUUCUUUGCACAGGAUCAGUUUAGUUUGACUCUGAUUUUCAAUAUAAGCUAUGUGUUAACAGGUGUCUUUUAUUUGAUAAUGUGAAACAAAGAAUAAAUCAUUUCUAUUCCAUUAA